CCCGGCGCGCCCUCCCCGCGGCCGCCCCGCGCACGGCAGAGCCCGGUGCGCGCCGCCGCCCCGCCCGCCGGGCCAUGGACUCGGACGCCAGCCUGGUCUCCAGCCGCCCGUCCUCCCCGGAGCCCGAUGACCUCUUCCUCACGGCCAGGAAUAAAGGUGGCGGCGGGGGCUUCACGGGCGGCACCGUGUCCAGCUCCACGCAGAGCGACUCCCCGCCGGAGCUGAGCGCGGAGCUGCGCAGCGCCAUGAGCGCUGCGGGCGUGGUGGUGGUGGACAAGCUGGGCUUCAAGUCCUCGUCGUCGUCCUCCUCCUCGUCCUCCUCUUCCUCCUCCAAGAAGGACAAGAAGCAGAUGACGGAGCCGGAGCUGCAGCAGCUGCGGCUGAAGAUCAACAGCCGGGAGCGCAAGCGGAUGCACGACCUGAACAUCGCCAUGGACGGGCUGCGGGAGGUGAUGCCCUACGCCCACGGCCCGUCGGUGCGCAAGCUCUCCAAGAUCGCCACGCUCCUGCUGGCGCGCAACUACAUCCUCAUGCUCACCAACUCCCUGGAGGAGAUGAAGCGCCUGGUCAGCGAGAUCUACGGCGGGCACCACGCCGGCUUCCACCCCGCCGCCUGCCCCGGCGGUAUGGGCGCCCACUCCGCCCCUCUGCCCGGCCACCCGGCCCACCCGGCCUCGCACCCCGUGCACCACCCCAUCCUGCCCCCCGCCGCCGUCUCCAGCGCCUCCCUGCCCGGCUCCGGGCUCUCGGCCGUCAGCUCCAUCCGGCCCCCGCACGGGCUCCUCAAGUCGCCCUCGGCCGCCGCCGCCGCCGCCCCGCUGGGCAGCGGCUUCCAGCACUGGGGGGGGAUGCCGUGCCCCUGCAGCAUGUGCCAGGUGUCGGCCCCGCCGCACCACCACGUCUCCGGCAUGGGCACGGCCAGCCUGCCCAGAUUAGCCACCGACACCAAAUGAGCCCCUCGGCGGGGCCGCCCCGCCGCGCCCGCGCCGCCCCGGCACCCCCAGGACCUACAAACGCUCCCCCCGGAGGCAGCGGGACCCCCCCGCUCCGCUCCCGGGGCCGGCGGAGGGGCGGCGGGAGGGGACGGAGCCCGGCCCGGGUCUGCCCCGCUCCCCGACCGGGGGGAAAACCACCCCGGCACAAGCGAAGCCCCGCGCGUCUCCUCUCUUUUUAAUUCUCCGACGUCGCCGAUGCCUUCGCCAGGAGGGGAGGGCGGGCCCCGGGCUCGCCGCGAACGGAGGAACCAGAACUGCAGAGGGGCUUUCGCUCGUUUGUUUGCUCGCUCGUUUGUUCCCUCCCCUCUCCCGGGUUCGUUUCUACACGUAGAGCCUUUGGAACCGUUCCUGAGUCACAUUCCUCCCCGGAAAGCCCAUCUCCGGGGCACCCGGCGCUGGCCGGAGACAGCGGGGCUCCGGCUGGAAUUGUCGCCGGGAAAGUCAGUUUAUUCCCGCUUUCCCCGCUCCCCCUCCCGCCGUUUGUUUUUUUUUUUACUCUUGUCGGUUUUCUUUCCGGUUCGGGAUCUGUAAAUAUACCGAUAACGACGCGAGUCCGCUCUGCCUGAGCUUUCCGUCCGUGCACUUGUCCUGUGUCAGCCUCAUGAGUGAAAAAGGGGUCGUUCUGCCUUGAUUUCGUUGGUUUGGGUUCUUGGGGUUCGUUGGGUUGUUUUUCUUUUAAGCGUAUAACACGUUUGGUUUGGGUUUUUUUUUCCGUUCCUGCCACCUUUAACAAAGUUUCAACUCUUUAAUGCUCUUUCUGUGUAGGAACUGUCACCCUGUCCGUGUUGCAAUACUGAGAACUUGGGCUUGUUUCUGAAAUAACAACUUUUCUUAUCGCUGCCCCUCGCAGAGAUUUUAUCAUCUGUUUAUUUUUGUAAAAAAAAAAAAAGAAAAAGAAAAAGAAAAAAAAAGUUGCUAAAUAAUAUUUAUUACUUGUUUGGUUGCAAAAAAAAAAAAAAAAAAAAAGGCGAUCCACUGUUGAGAUUUUAAAUAAAAAACAAACGAACAAAAACCAACAAACAAAAA